AUUCAGGUGUUAAGGUAGAAAACGCUGUCCUGCUUCAAAAAACAGAGCCAGUUACAGGUAAGACGUUUUAUACACAAAUCACUGCUCAUCAGUAAAAUUAAAAAUAACAAUUAAAGUCAAAUUAAUACAAUUAAAUUAAUCGUUUAAGUCGUAUUAAUACAUUUGAUGAAUAAUGAAAAUCUGCUUUCUAUAGUAGUAUAGACAUUAUGAAUUUACUUUUUUAAUAAAUAGAAGAGCAAAUACAAUUAUAGAAGCAAUGCAAUUAUAUUUUAUAAGGUUCAUUGACAAUUAUAAAAAAGCAACUGAUAAUUAUAAAAAAAAAACAUGUAAAUUCUAUAAAAUCACAGAUGAAUUGCCGGUUUUCGAAUUUAAUGUUUUCGAUUAUUCUUUCCUGUUAUUAGUCUUUUAUUGGUUUAUUUAGCGAUUUCACCUACGAAGUGACGUCGUAUAUUUCUUAAAGGGCAUAUCAGUAAAUUGAAGCUCUUAUAGUUUUGGAAAAAAUUAGGCAAAAUAUAUUGUGUUAAUAUUCCAGAUUUAGAUCUAAGUUUAAAAUUCUAAAAUUUAUUUUUAUCCUCAACCGCGCAUGCUAGAAUAGUUUUUUAAUAUUGACGUUAAUUUAGCAAACGAUCCGCAAUUUUAUGAAGUUAACAUUCCAAGUGCGUACUUCUAAUUUACCAACAAAACGACAAUCAACAAAUAUUUGUUUGGCUUAAUCAUUUUAAUUAAAACUAAUUAAAUUGAGAAACUCUCGUGGAACAUAUGUAGUAUUACGGGAUAACUUUCAAAGUCAAAAACUCUUUAUGAUUUUUUCAGAGGAGUGGGCACGUUUCGAUGCAUUGAUUGAAAGAGCAUGCAACCCAAGCAGAAAAGAAAGAUUAUCCAGUGAAGACAUGGUUCGUGUGAAAAAAUACGUCAAAGAAAUUGCUCCUUCGUACGUGUAUACUCCCGAAAUAUCAGUUAAAGAACCUUUCACUUAUAACGUUCGUAAAGCGAUGACAGAAAAUGUUAAAAUGUCAGCAUGUAGAAGUUUGUUGGGUAAGGACGAAAAUAAACUUGGUAGAAAGGAUGGACAAUUUGUCAAAGGAGAUCAACAAAUCUUCAACUUUGCAAGAAAUGAAAUAUUUAAAAAUGCUUCGACUAAAAGGCCGGCGAGACUGAAUGGAACUUUGACAUCUUAUACGAGAUCCAUUGGUCACAUUAAAUGCGGCAGUGUUGGUGGAACAUGCUUCCUUGUCACAAACGUGCUGGUGAUAACCAACUAUCAUGUUUACAGGAUGAUAGAAGAAGAAAGAAACAAACCAGGAAAUUCCAGCUUACCCAUCACUGUUUUGUUUGAUUAUCUCACUAAACAAAUGGAAAAUGUUGUAAAAGUUGAAGUUGAUAAAGAACAGGAUCCCAAGCUUGCGAAUCCAUACCUGGAUUACAAAUUCUUUCGUUUGAAGCAAAACGAAAGUAUUAAAGGUCGUGUUCCACUUGGUUCGAUGGUUAGAAAUUGGCAACUAUCAGAUGGUCGAGUUGUCAUCCUUGGUCAUCCAGAAGCAAUGGAAAUGCAGGACGAAGUCUGUGUUGUUGUCGGACAUCGCGCGAUGAAGAAGAGAAUAAGGGAAAGACAUAAACUAUUUACUGGCGUGCACAUGACCAAUGAACAGUUACUGAAUAUUGAAAAUUACCAAGGUCGUCUGUCAUACGACACAACUUUUUUCUCUGGUGCUAGUAGUUCUCCUGUUAUUGAAAUGAACGGAAACAUCGUCGCCAUGCAUACACAGGGAUACCUUCUGGAAAGAGAGGUAGCAAAUAUUCCCAGUCAGCAAGAAAAUGUUACAAAUCAGGAUGGCGAAAGUCUUCCAUAUCACGAGAAAGAAAGUAUUUCGAAUCAGGAGUAACAAAAUGUCCCAAAUGUUCCGAAUCAGGAGAAAGAAGCUGUUCCGAAUCAGCUGGAAAACGUUCCGAAUCAGGAGCAACAAAAUGGUUCCAGACAAGGAAAGUCAAGACAAUAUUCGUUGAUGGAGUUCGGCGUCCAGUUUGCUUCAAUCUGUACAAACAUGAGACUUUUUUAUGGCGAAGAUGUUGUUCAACAAAUAUUUCCAAAUUAUGAGUUGGAGACAUGUGAAGAUGUGGUUCAACAAAUAUUUCCAAAUUAUGAGUUAAAGACAGGUGAAGAGGCAAUGGACGCAACCUACUUUUGCUAA